AUGUCAUCAUUUGGGUUUUUCCAACAAUCUGUUUCCAUGGAUGAUUCACAAUCUUUUCGAGGAAAGAAUGAUAUAGCAUGGGGACAUGUUAAUGAGGGCGUAGAUGAAAAUAGGAAGAAGAUAUUAACAUGUCUUUACUGUGGCAAGAUAAUCAAAAGUGGAGGAAUUUAUCGAGUGAAACUGCAUCUAGCGAGUAUAAAGGGAGAAGUUGGAAAGUGCUCUAAAGUUACUUUCGAUGUUAAGUUCAAGAUUGAAGAAGCACUAAAUGAAAUUGGGGCCAAGAAUAAACAAAAAGUUGAAUUUCGUAAGAAUUUCAAUCCUUAUGGAGCUAGGGUACAACAAUUUGAGGGUGAUAUGUUAGAUGAAGAUCAAGAGUGUGAAGAGGUUUCUCCAUGUCCAGCUCCAACUUCAACUUCAAGCACUAAGAGAAGAAGAUCUAUUGGGAUAGGUGACUAUUUUGCUCCAAGGACUAAGCCUGGGUCUCAACCCUCAAUUAAGAUUGUUUUAGCCGGAAAAGAAGCUAAGUGGAGAGCGGACAUGGUUGUUGCAAGGUUAUUUUAUGAUUCUUGCAUCCCGAUUAAUGUUAUUAAUUCAAUUUAUUUUCAACCUAUGGUGGAUGCUAUAACUGCAAUUGGUCUUGGGUAUAAAAUCCCAACUUAUCAUAAUUUGCAUGUAAAUUUAUUGAGAGAUGCUAGGAAAGAAAUGCAAUUACUUGUUGAUGGUUAUAAGAAAACUUGGGAGGAUGUUGGAUGUACUUUAAUAACUGAUGGUUGGACAAAUAAUUCACAUAGGUCACUGAUUAAUUUUCUAGUAUACUGUCCUAAAGGAGUGUGUUUUGUGAAAUUAGUGGAUGCUUCAGAUGUUGUAAAGGAUGCUGCAACAUUGUUUAGCUUGUUUGAGGAAGUAGCUUUAUGGGUUGGACCAAACAAUAUUGUCCAUCUUGUCACUGACAAUGGAGCAAAUUAUAAAGCUGCUGACAGAAUGUUGUCUGAAAAAUAUAGCAACUCAGAUGAGAGGCCUUCAAUGGGAUAUAUGUAUGAUAGCAUGUACAAAACGAGGAUGGGGAUCAAGAAGCUAUUUAAGAAUAAGAAAAAUUUGUACAAGCCUCAUACAACAAUUAUUAAGAUGCUUUGGGAUAGGAUGUUGCUCCGUGAUAUUCAUGCAACAACAUAUUAUUUAAAUCCUGCUUUUAAAUACGACGAAGAUACUUUUUCCAAAAAACCAGAGGUCAUGUAUGGUUUCCUGGACACUAUUGAUAGUAAAGCAAGUGCAUUCAAAAUGAGCAAGACAACGUUAUUAGAGGAGAGCAGAUUAUAUCAAGACAGUACAGAAAGUUUUUCUCAUGAGCUUGCUCUUCGAACUUGCAAAACUACAAGGCCGAGUAGGUAA